AUGGGUGUGCCUGGACUCCUGAAGGCACUCAGUGACGUGCAAAGGCCGGUCCACGUGUCCGAGUACCGCGGCCUCACCGUGGGGAUAGAUGCCUACUGCCUGCUCCAUCGAGGGAAGCUGGGCUAUGUUGAGGCCCUGCUGCAUGAGACUCCCGAUGCCGAGAGCCUUUACCAGGGACCGGUUCCAUCGAGUUUCCAAACCUCUGCGGCCUGUGUGGCAGCGCUGCUGAGGCCAGCACGGGAGCUUUUGGACCUCCUACAGAAGGUGGGUGCUGAACCCUUCUUUGUUUUCGAUGGGGCGCCACUCCCAGCCAAGAGUGCGACAGAGCUUGCACGCAGACAGGCGCGUGAGGAAGCAGCGCGCAUGGCGGCAGUGGCCGGUUCCACUGCCAAGCGUCUCUGCGGCGCUGUGGACAUCACGCCGGAAAUGGCAUCUGCCUGCAUCGAGCAGUUCAGUCCGCUCGGGGUGAGGUGCAUCGUGGCUCCUUGCGAAGCUGAUGCACAAUUGGCCUUCCUUGCACAUUCGGGACGUGUUGAUGUGGUGGUGAGUGAAGACGUGGACCUCCUAGCUUUCGGCUGCCCGCGAGUCCUCUUCGGUCUGGAUGUUCGCAGAGGUUGCGGUCAAGAAGUUCGAUUGGCCGACAUAGGCAAAAGCCGAACUCUGAUGCCCUACCGUUUGACACCGGAAACCCUUCCAGACCUUUGCGUGCUUAGCGGCUGUGACUACUUGCCGUCGUUGCCCCGCUUGGGCUUGCGCCGUGCCGCGCAACUUCUUCACCGUGCUCGAGGCAACGUGGAGCGCGCUCUGCAGCUGGCACAGCGUGAUGGAAUUAGCGUACCCGACGCAUACUUGCAGGAGUUCGUUGAAGCCCGACUGGUCUACACCUGUCAGCUGGUUUUCGACGACCGUGCCCAGCAACUGCGCAUGCUGUCGCCGCUUCCAGCAUCUGCCAGCAAGACCAGGUUGCAACGGCUGGGUGUCGGCCUUUUCGACAACGAGGUGGCACUUGAAAUUGCAGUGGGGCAGAAGAACCCAAUGACAUUGGUGGCGUUUUCGCGCACAUCCUGUCCUCCACCAAAGUGGUUCGGUGGGUGCGACGUGACAGGAGAUGCUGUUUGUGCAUUGCCCACUCCUCUCCGACCAUUUCGGCAACCUCGAGCAAAAGAUGGUACUGCCGCAGCAGCCGCGGUGGUGUCCAAACCGCAGCAGAACGCGGACGCAUCUUCACCAGAACAGCGGAAUUCGAUGACCCGGGUGUUGGAUGUGGAUGCUCGACACGAUCCUGGAUGUGAAAAUGCCGGUUUCACGCAGGUUGGCGCCGCCUGGGCUGCCGUGGGCCAGAAGUUGGCCAUACGAGAGAUCUCGCUUCUGAAAGAGCUACAGCACCCCAACAUUGUCAGGCUUUGUGACGUGAUUCACACGGAACGAAAGUUGACGCUGGUGUUUGAGUACUUAGAUCAAGACCUCAAGAAGUUGCUGGACAUGUGCGACGGUGGCUUGGACCCUGCAACCACCAAGUCCUUCCUGUAUCAGCUUCUACGAGGUAUUGCGUAUUGCCAUGCGCAUCGGGUCCUGCACCGGGAUCUGAAGCCCCAGAACUUACUGAUCAACAGGGAAGGCUCGCUCAAGCUAGCCGACUUUGGUUUAGCACGCGCUUUCGGCAUCCCUGUGCGGAGCUACACGCACGAGGUUGUGACUUUGUGGUACCGGGCGCCUGAUGUCCUGAUGGGUUCUCGCAAGUAUUCGACACCUGUAGACAUCUGGUCUGUCGGAUGCAUCUUCGCAGAAAUGGUCAAUGGUCGCCCUCUGUUUCCUGGCGACACAGACGCGAACCAGCUUCAGAAGAUCUUUAAGAUCCUUGGUACUCCGUCAGAGUCUACUUGGCCGACAAUCACCGAGCUUCCGGACUGGAAGCCCGACUUUCAGCAGUUCGAGCCUCAGGCGUGGAAGAGCAUUGCGCCAAACCUUGAUGCGGAAGGCACGGAUUUGAUGUCGAAAUUCCUCCAGUACUGGCCCGACAGAAGGAUAUCGGGCAAGGCGGCAAUGGAGCAUGAGUACUUCAGGGGUCUCGGGGAAGCCAUCAAGAACAUGAAGUGA